AAUCACUGGUAGAGAUUAAAAUUGAUGCACAAAAUUGGACUCCCACGGUUCCACCAGGCCCCUCUUCUCUACGUUAUCCAAAAAGAAAAAAGAGUAAACUCCAGUUCUUGUUUUUUUGUUCUGAAGCUUACCCCUGUUCAUAAAGAAGUGCUUUCCACCAUGGCUGCUAGUUCUACUAUCUCUAGCAAUGUCUUUUCCUUUUCUCAAGCAGCAACUAAGAAGAAGAAUUGUUAUUCUCAAUCUCAUCAUCCCUUUUCAAUUAAUGCUUUCCGCAAUCAAAACCCCUCCUUCAUUUCCACCACCACAAGUUUACGCAACAGAUUUUCGCAGUGGUCUACGUCUGCUUCUUCACGUUUUGAAUUUGAUCUUUCCCCUCCACCAAUCGACCAUGACCUCCUUGAUACAAUGGAGGAUUUGGGGGCAACAAUUUCAGAAGAUGGAACAGUUGAAACAUUCGACAAUGAUGAUGAGGCUUUCAAUGCCGCCACCGAUAAUGGGGUUGCUGUUGUGGACCUUACACAUUUUGGUCGCAUAAGAGUGACUGGAGAAGACCGAAUUCAGUUUCUCCACAACCAGACCACAGCAAAUUUUGAGUCCUUACGUGAAGGACAGGGAUGCGACACGGUUUUUGUCACUCCAACAGCUCGAACAAUUGACAUUAGCCAUGCUUGGAUUAUGAAAAAUGCGAUAACAAUGGUGGUCUCCCCAGAAACUUGUCACAGCAUAAUAGAAAUGCUCACAAAGUAUAUAUUUUUUGCCGACAAGGUCGAAAUUCAUGAUAUCACUAAGCAAACGUGCUUUUUUACACUCAUCGGGCCCAAGUGCAACCAGCUCAUGGAAGAUUUAAAUCUUGGAGAUCUUGUUGGACAACCCUAUGGAACACACCGACAUUACACUGUGAAUGGAAUGCCGAUAACUGUAGGAGUUGGCAAUCUUAUCUCCGAAGAUGGGUUUUCUUUGUUAUCCUCUCCAGCUGCUGCUGAAUCAGUCUGGAAAACUCUUCUAAGCCUUGGUGCAACACCGAUGGGAGCUAAUGGAUGGGAACGAUUAAGAAUUUCUCAAGGUAGACCAGCUCCAGAAAAGGAACUGACUGAUGAGUUCAAUGCCCUUGAGGCUGGGCUUUGGAAUGCAGUUUCUCUAAACAAAGGAUGUUAUAAAGGGCAAGAAACGAUAGCAAGGCUUGUCACUUAUGAUGGUGUGAAGCAGAAAUUGUGGGGACUUCAUCUAUCUGCUCCAGCGAUACCAGGCAGCCUCAUAACUGUAGAUGGGAAAAAGGUGGGCAAGCUGACAAGUUACACAACAGGAGGAAAGGAAUCCAAGCAUUUUGGACUUGGAUAUAUCAAGAGGCAAGGAGCUUCAGCUGGAGACGAAGUCAAUGUUGGUGAAGAAGUUGUUGGUACAGUUGUCGAAGUUCCUUUUCUUGCAAGACAGACUCCUUUAACAAAGGCAUAACUAAUUGUUACUCUGUAAUGACAUGAAUAGUGAAGCUUCCAUGUCUAAAUCUCUGUGGAUUAUGUAGUCUUUCCCGUGUAGAUGUAUAUUAGAAGAGUUGAAUUUCACUUGUGACAUCUAGGGGAACCCUACCUGUCCUCAAGGGACAUUUUGUAGUGAAGAGAUGGCUUCAUUAGGGCCAAAGAGGGUGUGUAGUUCAGAAAUUCAUCCCACAUAAAAACCCGUGGGAGUAUUUUUAUUUGGAUAUAUAAUAAGACAUG